GUGAACUUCUCGGCAGCCUAAUACACUGGAGCUCAGAAGAGAGGUUAUCGUUGGGACAUCAACUGACCAGUUCUGUUACCUCUUAGGUGGUCCUGGCACGAUCCGCUCAGGAUCCGGCUCUCUUCCGUCCCAGCUUGGAUUUACGAUAUAAACACUUGAAUUUGCUUCUUUCACUUAGGGUGGCGGUUUUCCAUGAUUGAAGUGUAUAUCUGAUCAUGCUCGACAUUCCAGAAAUCUCUCUUGUCGAAUACGGCGUCUCCCUCCAAAACGGGUUUCUUCCAGAGGUGCUUCCUGUGCGGAAGUUGGAGGAUCCUUACUAUUUGCCAUGGGAGGAUAUCGUCCAGGAUCUGCCCGCUUGCAUUCAGGCAGGCACCAUCAGACAAGCCGUGGAUGAUCUUCCUGUACUCUCUACAGAGAAUCUGCAGAACGAACUUGAGUGGCGAAGAGCUUACGUUGUGCUGGCUUAUCUCACACACGCCUAUGUAUGGGGAGGUGAAAAGCCAAAGGAGAGGUUACCGCCUUGUAUAGCGCGUCCCUUCGUUGAGAUCUCGAAUCAUUUGGAGCUGCCACCGUGUGCCACAUAUGCGGCCCUUAAUCUUUGGAAUUUUGCAGUGUCGUCGGAGGAUACAGAUAUUACGGGCCCAGACAACCUAUCCGUGGUCACUUCAUUCACUGGAACCAAGGAUGAAGAGUGGUUUUUCGUGCUCUCUGUCGCUAUUGAGGCCAGGGGAGCGCAGCUCAUCGAAUUAAUGCUAGAUGGUAUUCACGGCGCUAGUAUUGACGAUGAGCAACGUGUUAUUGCCCGCCUGGAGCAGCUCAGCUUUGGCCUUGGGGAACUUGGAGAGCUCUUGGAGCGGAUGUAUGAAAAAUGUGCCCCAUCUGUUUUCUAUCACCAGCUACGCCCAUUUCUAGCAGGUAGUAAGAACAUGGCGUCAGCUGGAUUGCCAAACGGAGUGUUCUAUGACCUUGGGGAUGGUCAAGGCGAGUGGCAUCAAUACAGUGGUGGUAGCAAUGCACAAAGCUCCUUGAUUCAAGCCUUUGAUAUAUUCCUUGGCGUGGAGCAUUCAGCCACUGGGGAGACGAAGUCUAACGGGAAGUCGCAAACCCAGGUCAGGUCCGGUUAUAUUCAGCAUAUGCGGAACUACAUGCCAGGUCCUCAUCGACGAUUCCUGGAGAUGAUGGCCCGCGUCUCCAAUGUUCGUCCGUAUGCGAUGAGCCGCAAAGCUGGAUCUGCGUUGCGUGACGCAUAUAACAUGGCGGCCAUGGCCCUUGGGGGAUUUCGAGACAAGCAUGUCCGGAUGGUGACCCGAUACAUCAUAAUGGCUGCAAGGACUCCGCCACCGAACCAGACAUCUUCGCAGACAAAUUUGGCGACAACAACAUCUACUCUAAUGGACAAGUCCCAUGAAACGAUUUCCGGAGGAAUCCGAGGAACGGGCGGAACCGACUUGAUACCGUUCCUCAAGCAGACCAGAGACACUACGAAGGCAGCCGCCCAAUAUGUAGAUUAAGAGUACUGAUACAACUUGAUGCCAUGAUACCAUUUCAGCGAUCUUUUCGUCUUUUGUUGCCUCGCAUCUGCUUAGCGAUUGCAUGUUAAUCCGUGGUUAUGGUGGAGGCAUCUUCUCGUGUUGUACAUAUUAUCAUUGAACAUAGAAGUCUGAUUUCGAUCAUCAAAUGAUAUCAUCU